UGUUGCGCUCGUCGCACUUCCCCAUCUGUCUGGAGGAGGAGGAGGAGCGCGCGUCCAGAGUGGCUCUCUCUCUCUCUCUCUGAGGGAAUGUGGCGCCACAGCGGAGCAGCCCUGGACUCUGGGCUUUAAUGGGCACCUGCUCUGGGCCCCCGGCUUCGCCUUCCUUUGGCUACUUCUUGGCGCCGGGGCUUCGAAGCGGCAUUAUGGAGAAGGAGGAGGAGAAGGUGGCCGCGGCGCUGGAGGAGGAGGCGGAGGAAGGGCUCCUCUUUGCCCGCUCUCCCCAGGCGAGCUGAGGCCCCUUCCCUGAAGAGGCACCUGCUGAUACUUCUAGAUCCACAUAUGUGACUUCAUUGGAGUAACCAUGACUGAAGUCCUUCUGUCGGCUGUCCUGAACAUGACUGAAACUCACUCGCUGGCUAGCAAUGUCACCAGCAAUGUCACCAGCAAAUGUACACUGACCAAAACUGGCUUUCAGUUCUAUUACCUGCCUGCUGUCUACAUUGUAGUCUUCAUCACUGGAUUCUUGGGCAAUAGUGUGGCAAUAUGGAUGUUUAUCUUCCACAUGAGGCCUUGGAGUGGCAUCUCGGUUUACAUGUUCAAUCUGGCACUAGCUGACUUCUUGUACGUCCUGACUCUUCCUGUACUGAUCUUCUAUUACUUCAAUCAAACUAACUGGAUCUUUGGAGACUUCAUGUGUAAGCUGCAGAGGUUCAUCUUUCACGUCAAUCUGUAUGGAAGCAUUUUGUUCCUCACUUGUAUCAGUGUGCACAGAUAUACAGGUGUUGUUUAUCCCUUGAAAUCCUUGGGGAGGCUGAAAAAAAAGAAUGCAGUUUAUAUCAGUGCCCUGGUCUGGGGUGUUGUGGUUGUUGGGAUUUCUCCUAUCUUCUUCUACUCUGGGACUGAGGUAAGGAAAAUCAAAACCAUGGCUUGCUAUGAUACAACGGUAGAUAAUUAUCUGAGAAGCUACUUCAUUUACAGCAUGUGCACCACUGUGUUCUUAUUCUGCAUCCCAUUCAUACUGAUUCUUGGUUGCUAUGGAUUAAUAGUAAAAGCACUGAUUUACAAAGAUCUAGACAAUUCUCCACUUAGGAGAAAAUCAAUUUACCUGGUGAUAAUAGUGCUGGCAGUAUUUGCUGUCUCUUAUCUUCCUUUUCAUGUGAUGAAAAACUUGAAUCUACGAGCCAGGCUGGAUUUUCAGACUCCAGAAAUGUGUGCCUUUAACAACAGGGUUUAUGCCACUUACCAAGUAACUCGGGGGCUAGCGAGUCUCAACAGCUGCGUGGAUCCUAUUCUAUAUUUUUUGGCAGGGGAUACAUUUCGAAGAAGGCUCUCAAGAGCAACCAGAAAAGCCUCAAGACGAAGUGAGCUCAAUGUGCAAUCCAAAAGUGAGGAUAUGACUCUCAGUAUCUUAUCUGAGUGUAAACAGAAUGGAGACACAAGUUUGUGAAUUGUUAUUAAUAUUUUUUGCAAGCAAAUGCUUUGCCCUACUUUCCCUUAUCCCUAUGUAUUGUUUUUAACCCAUAGAGCACCUUCAUUUCAUGCAUUUUCAAGAAAAUGUAACAGGUGGACAACUUAUGUUUGUGCAUGUGUGUUCUUUUUUUUUUUUUUUUUAAAGUAAAAUUUUAAAAAUGCUCUGUGAGCCAAGGAAGAAAGUCAAUGUACAAUUUAAGCAGAAGUAGUAUGGAUAGUUUCUGAAGCAUUAACUCAUCUGAUAGAGUAGUGAUCCAUAUAAACAGCUUGAUUUACAUCUUGAGGCGUAUCUGUGGUAGGUAAACCUUUCUCUAAGGGCCUUGCCAAUCUCCUGUUUCCAAAUCUCACUCUUGUUUCUACCUUGUUGAAGCCCUAGGAAUGGGAGGGUCUGUGGGGUACAGCCCCACUCAGGGAUAUUGCAGACCCCCUCCCUGCGUUUUCAGCUUUUAUUUGGAAAAAUACCUUCACCCUCAUCUUCAUUAUCAACAACAGAAAGCAUCUAAGGCUUUCAUUUAAAGAGGUAUCAAGAUACUGGCAGUAUUCUACCCAGCAGAUCAAGAAAAAGUAAGCCUGCUAUAAGUUUGGUACAUAUUUUAUUAAAGUUGAAUUUUCUUUAAUGAUUAAAUAACUUGAAGCAUAUUAGAUGACUUGAAAUGUUUGUUUGGCAUUGACUUUGGGUACCUCUCUCCAUUCCCCAAUGUACUGUACUUACAAGCUCCUUUAACAGUACUUGUCUUUUCCUCAAAUUGAUUUUUAUUUCUUCUCUUUUUCUCAAACACUGUUGAAAGUCCAUUGAGAUAAUGGCCAAGAGAUAGUAAUGGUUUGUUGGCAAUUAUUUUAUGUCUUCAGAAAGCUGACCUACAGGAGUGGAUGUUAUUUUUCCUCUUAAAUAUGGGUUUAUGUAUACAAGCAUUUAAGCAUGUGGUGUUCAAAGGAAAAGGAUGGGACCAGUUACUCUCAGCCUGUGACAGUAGUAUAGUAAUGAGCAUCCAUUGACACAUACAGGAUUUUGUGUCCCGCCAGUCUCAGGAACCAUGAGAAAGCAGCACUGCUUGAAAUAUAGCCAGCACCAGCCUGCACCAUGCCUAUAUACACCAGCCUGUUUGGCAGAGCCUAGGGCUGGCUUGUGGAAGCAUCUGAUGAAGUUUCCCCAUGAUGCCCAUAUGCUCGAAUGCUCUUUCAAUAGUCCCUUGUUGGUCCUUCAAAUAAAUUGUUCAUUUAUGUAUUUCCAAGCUGGUUACUGCCCAAAUAGUAAUAAUGAUGUCUUAGCUAAUUGUGAUUCUUUUUUUUAAAAAAAGUAGCAUUGUGCUAUUUUCAAGGGAUUCUGACCUUGAUUUUUAAAACAUCCCUAAACAUAGUACAUGUUGUAGCUGAUAUGUGACAGAAAUUUCAACUGCUAAUCAACUGUUUUAUGUCCUGCUUAAGACUAGUUGUCAAGUUUUUGAGCUAUCAUAAUUUUCGAAUAGGUAAAAUACCUCUCUGAUUGGCAAUAAUUUGUAUUUUUUUCCACCAAAAGAUCUGCAUUUGAUUUAUUUUUAGCCUUUAUUUGGAUUUCUUUGUGUUACUUGCACCAUUUUGCAUGACAAUGGCUGUUUUCCAAGCAAAUGGUUACUUUUUUUGGUGGCUCUCCUCCUCCCUUUCUCAGAAGAACAAAAAGAAACUUCAGUUAAUUUUCAUUGUUAGAAAAAUCAUGCUUUAUCUAAAUAUAUAAAGGAUCCACAUCAGAUUAAGAAAGGCCUGGUAAAAUGAAACUCUCCCUUUCCUUCUUUUCAUGUUGGGCAUUCAGUGAUUGAUGGAAUGGUUAGUAAAGAGGACAUACUCGUUGGAGGUGAAGGGUCUAGAGCAGGCCUCUGUUCUACAUGUACAGGCAACUAAGAAACAAGGUUCUAAAUUGUAUGGAGACCUGUGUGACCUGUGUAGAAUAAUAUUUCCACUUCAGAUGUUUCUCCUUGAAAUGUCUGGAAGGUGACAGCUUGACUGUCAAGGAUUUAAAAAAGUGGACAGAGACAGUGAGCACAGCCUCAGUCUUCCCUGCAUGCAACAGGAAUGGGGAGGGGGGAUUGAAUGCCCAAGUAGGGGUCCCCAGAUCUCCUCCUGUGAACAGAAUGUUUGAAUUAUACAUAUUGAAUUCUUCAUUAUCGGUCUGUAUCUGUUCUGAAAAUCUUCAGGAAAUGGCCUUCUUUGUGUUCUACUAACAUCUCAGACAGAUUUAUAGGGACCACAUACAUACAAAAGGGCUUUUUGCAGUGUCUAAUGCCUGGAACAUUCUCCUCAGGGAGGACGCUCUCUUAGCCUUCUGGUUGGCAGGUGAAAGCAGUUAGCCUUUAAGCACUCUGUGCUGCUGGUUUUAACAUUUCAAUUUGGUUGCUGCUUUUAAAACUCACUCUUGAUUGUAAUCUGUUCUUGUUUUUAUUUCUUAUUCUGAGGUGGCGUCUAGAUCUUACCAUGUUGUUGCAAAUUGUUAGUUGCCCUGGCCACUUGAUGAGGAAAGGCGAUGGGUACAUUCAAGUAAAGUAAAUAAAAUAAGUCAGAUUGCUAUGUGUAAAAAUCUAAAUUACAUAGGCUUAAACUGUACACUAGACUUCCCAGAAUUUGUGUUGGUUGUGUAAUGAAGAAUCAGUCAUGCAGUUUGGUUGUGUGUAUAUUGAACUGUAUACAAAGAUAUCCUAUUCAAAAAUCAUUUCUCACAGAUUGCCAGAGUGGGAGAAAUCAUCCAGAUGGGUCUGAGAUGCAUCAUUUUGGAUAAGGAAAGAUAGGGAGAGCUUAAUCUGAAUUGGGCCAGAAUCAUGUAAGCUAGCAGUCACUGAAUGCAUAAACACACACUUGUAGAAAUUAUUCAGAAAAGAAAACCUCAUUUGGACUAAAAAGAAAACCUUAUUUAUUUCACUUAAUAUGCUAAGGUAUAUCUGAAAAAAUAUUCUAGAAAGCAGUAUUUUGAAUCAUUAUAAAUUCUUUGUAUACAAAAUGAAGAGGAUACGUUAAUCCUUUAAAUGGCUUUAGGAAAUCCUCACAAAAGUUCAUGCUUUACUGGAGGGAUAAAAAUAAACUAUUUACAUCUUGCUUAUUAAUUUCCACAGGCUAAACAUGAGUGGAAAGCAGCUUAAAACUCAUAAAUGAAAAAUGUAUUAAACUUGAAGAUUCUAUUUAUUUAGCUUAUUAAUGGGAGGAGGCAAUGACAGAUCUGAUACAUAACUGUGAAUUGGACAAUAUUGUGCUAAGGUGGUUUUCAGCCACUUGAUUGCUGUGCAAAACUGAGUAGCUCAAUUUUUAAAAAAAAAAUGGAUUGGAGGGCUGUAACUUCCAUUUUCUCUAGUCACUAUGACUAUGGAAGACACAAGAUUGAGCAAAGAUAAGCUGAAGGGUUAAUGGUAUGUGUAAUUAAGAAUGCAGCUUAUGCCAGGUUACUUGGGAGUAAGGCUCAUUUUACGCAGUUAGUCUUAUUUUUGAAUAACUAUGCAUAGGAUUAUACAUUAAAUGCAGUUGUCCAGACAUAUUUAAAAAAAAAACCCUGCAAAUUACAGCUACACAAGGCCACUGCUCAAAGUAUUCUUUUACGUGCAAUGUCAGGGAAUGGAGAAAGCCGAUAAAAUGUAGAUGCUAGAUCAAGAAGUGGCAUUCCUCUUGUUAAUGAACCCCUUGUGAUUUUCCAUUUAUAUUAAGACUCUGUGAGAAUGCCAGAGAAGUGUGAAAUAGUCUUGCCUGUGCUACUGCCACUAGACACUUCUCUGAAACCAAAUUUAACUGAGACAUGCCUUGCUGAGCACAGGAAUUGAAUUAAGGGCAGAAUGGUAGAAUUGAUUUUUUAAAAAACCUUUUCAUCUGGGAUGUCUUUUCCCUCCUAGAUAUUCACAUUUAACCAACUUAAACAUACUUCCAUAUCUUUUCAUUUUGAUUCUUGCUCCAUACAUUUAGUGGUUAUUGAGAUAUAGCAUUUGUAAGUAGAUUGCAACUUGGUAAUAAUUUCCCACCACAAACACACACACAUCUAGCUGCAGCAAAUUCUGGGUGUUUGUCAAGUAUUCCUGUUCCCAAUUGUAGAUCAUUUCUUAAUAUAUUUGAGACCUCAUCUAACAAGGGCGAUUCUCAAAUGGAAACAAUUUUCCAUUUGUGGAUUUUAUUUAUUUAUUUAUUUAUUGAAUUUAUACUCACCUUUCUCCCAAGAUGGGAUCCAAGGCAGUGUGGAUGUUCCUUUAGAUUAGGUUGGUCAUGAGCCACAGUUGUUGUAUGGAUGUUUCCUGGGUGCUUACAUGUGAUGUCCAAGUGCUCCCUCCCUCCAUAGCACUUAUCUGCAGUUAGGGGGACUGAAUCUGGGCACUCCUGUUCUCAAAGUCAUUGGAACUGAGCCUUUGAACACUCUCUGCAGGAUAAUCCUCAGUGAUCCUCAGGCUAAUAUUACAGUUGAUGAUGGUCUCCCUACUGAACACCAUCCGUAAAAACAGUAGUGCUUACAAUACUUGAGUCUACAUUGUUGUCAUGAUGACAGAGCUCAGUUUUGCAGAUCAUUUAUCAUAUAGAACAUACACUAUAAAAAAGUAAUAUAUAUUUCCCUGUAAGUUAAAGAAAUCACCCUUUUAGGGCAUUUGAGGGCCUUUUUAUCCUUCUUUUUAAAUAGCACUUUUCCCCUGUGCCAAAUUAGAAUUUGUUUUCUAAAAUCCUAGUGAAUUUCAGGAAUAGCGUCUCAUAUAAUAUAGGUCAACAACAACAAAAGCACAAUCUCUGCUGGGCACCAGUGAGUGCACUAUACUUUAACAACUUGUCAAAGCUUCUGAUCCCACUAAGUGAUGCUGCAGAGGUAAUGUGUGUAUGUGUACACCUGUAGGUCUGUCUGUCACAAUGAAGACUUCAUACUUUGUCCUUUAAAUGAAAAGCUACUUCAAAAUCCAAAGUAUUGAUGUAGCCUUUUUAGGUGCCUGGGCAAACAGAUGUUUGAAAACUACCGUAUUUUCCAGCGUAUAAGACGACUGGGUGUAUAAGAUGACCCCCAACUUUUACAGUUAAAAUAUAGAG